UCAAAAUCCACCUCUUUGUAAAACACAUAUAAACUUAUGUAUGUGUAGCAUUGCCGUUAAAAGGAGGAUGAGGUCCAUCCACCGCUAAAAAUCAGAAUGGCAUGUUCAGAUUAGUUAAAAUGUUUAGUAAACAUAAGUAGGAUUUAGUAGGUCUAGCAUUUUCGCCCGUAUAUUGUCCGCGUUUCCAGAAAAAUCUUGCUGUCUCUUUGUACGGUUUUCUCGCAACAAAAAAAAGCUGCACGUGUUCCGCUAGUCUCGCUUGUCACGACUCUUAGAAAUCACCACAUGCCCCAAAGCCACACGGUCAAGCAGAGACUCACAGUCUGGCUACUGCUCCCGCGAUCAAAAUGGAAGGCGACGGCGUCCAGAUCUUGUCCCGGCGCAUGGUCAAGCCGGGGAACCACGCGAGCUCGCGGCCGCCGGAGCCCGAGACCGUCCACCUCACGCCAUGGGACCUGCCGCGGAUCACCGUGGAGUACCUGCAGAAGGGCGUCGUCCUGCCCAAGCCUCCGACCGGCAGCGCGCACGCCGUCGCACACCUCGCGUCGUCCUUCGCGCGCGCUCUGGCGCGCUUCUACCCGCUCGCCGGCCGCUUCGUCGUCGCGCCGGUGGCCGGGGCCGACCCUCGGCCGGGCCUGACGAUCUCGCUCCGCUGCAGCGACGAAGGCGCCGAGUUCGUCCACGCCGUGGCGCCCGGGGUCACCGUCGCCGACAUCGCCGGCCCGCUCAGCGUCAUCCCGCGCGUGGUCUGGUCCUUCUUCCCUCUCAACGGGAUGCUCGGCGCGGACGCCGCCGUGGACCCCAGCCUGCCGCUCCUGGCCGCGCAGGUCACUGAGCUCGCCGACGGCGUCUUCGUCGCCGUGUCGCUCAACCACUGCGCGGCCGACGGGGAAACGUUGUGGGACCUUUUCAACGCGUGGUCCGAGAUCAGCCGAAACGGGGGCGCCGCCGGCGGAGACAUCCCCACGGUGCCGAAGAGGUGGUUCCUCGACGGCUGCCCCGUGCCGAUCCCCCUCCCCUUCGCCAAGGCGGAGGACAUGGUCAGGCGGUUCGAGCGCCCGCCGUUGGAUGAAUGCUCGCUGUGUUUCUCCACGGAGAGCGUGAAGUUGCUGACGGCGAAAGCGAACGCCGAGACGAUUGCCGGCGGCGGCACAGCCACCAUCUCCUCGCUGCAGGCCGUGGCCGCGCACGUGUGGCGGGCCGUGUGCCGGGCACGGGCGCUCGCGCCGGAUCAGGAGACGACGUGCUCGCUGGCCGUGGGAUGCCGGACACUCGUGAAGGGCGUGCCCCAGGGUUACGUGGGCAACGCGGCUGCGGGCGCCGUGGGCAGGGCCACCGCCGGCGAGAUCAUGGGCGACGGCCGGUUGGGCCGGGCAGCGUGGCUCCUGAACCGGGCGGUGGUCUUGGUGGACGAGGCGAGCGUGAGGGCCGAGCUCGCGGCCUGGCCUGCGAACCCCAGCUUCAAGUACCUGGCCGACUUCAGCCCUGCAGCGAUGGUGGCCAGCGGCUCGCCGGAGCUGGACGUGCACGGCAACGACUUCGGGUGGGGCAGGCCGGUGGCCGUCCGGAGCGGCGCCGGGAACAAGGUGAACGGGCUGGUCUCGGUGUACGAGGGCAGGGACGACGGCGGCAUGGAGCUGGAGGUGUGCCUCGCUCCUGGCGCGCUCGCCAGGCUCGUCGCCGACGAAGAGCUGAUGGACCCGUCGGUGCGAACGAGGAUAGACUGAUGCGCGGUGGUAGGUGCACCAUUGCAUCGGUCAUACGGGAAUGGUAGUGAGCUCCACGGCCAGAACCAAAUAAUGUUGCGCAGUAUGCCAGAGGGAAUGAUUACAGAGGAUAAUAAUGCCUGACGAAACUCGAGUUCCAUGAAACCCUUUAUUUAAAAAGUUAGAAAUUAAAAAAAAUAAGUUUCAACAAAUCCUGAAAAUUCACAUAUACAUAUACAUGUAUAUUACUUGUCUGCGAAGUUUCACCACAAAAAUACAUUUUUAUGGGAG